AUGGCCAUUGCCAAGUGGUUCUCCAAGCUUGAUGCCAAUCAUGGAUACUGGCGAAUACCUUUGGACGAGGAAAGUCAACUCCUUGCCACUUUCAACACUCCUUUUGGCAGAUAUUGCUACACUGGCACUCCAUUUGGUAUCAUAUCAGCACAAGAAGUUUUUCAGAAAAGGAUGCCUCAACAUUUCGACGAUCUCGAAGGUGUUGAAACGGAUAUUGACAACAUCCUUAUUCAUGGAACGACAGAAGAAGAGCAUGAUCAACACCUCGAAUCAGUCUUAGAAAGAUGUGAGAAGAUCAAUCUAACCUUAAACAAAGAGAAAUCUGAAUUCAAAUCCAGAGAAAUCACAUAUGUCGGACACAAACUGACAGAAAAUGGCGUUAAACCUGAUGAAGCGAAAGUUAAAGCUAUUAAUGAAAUGGAAGCACCAACAGACAAGAAAAGUGUGGAGAGACUGCUUGGAACUGUGAACUAUUUGGGAAAAUUCAUUCCAAAUUUAGCAACCAUUACCAAACCAAUCAGAUCGUUGUUGAAGAAAGAGAUCGAAUUCCAGUGGUCUUUCGAGCAACAGAAAGCAUUUCAGGAUAUUAAGAGGGUCCUGAAGGGGGGGUCUCAAUCCCAUUUCCCACCUGAAAUUUUGGCAAAAUCCCAGUCCCAGUUGGAUUUUUAUUAGAAAUCCCAGUCCCAGUUAUUGAAAUCCCAGUCAAUAAAAAAACCUUUAUUUAUCGGUAGAAUAAACAGUUUUAAGACCUUUUAAGCAAGUGGCGGACACUUUAUGAAAUAUUAGGGGGGGAUCGUGCCGAAGGCACGGAAAAUUUUUAAAUUUGAAUCCCGGAAAUGGCAUUUCCAGCAUUCUGAGACACGCAUAAUCAUAAAACCCAGAAUUCCGGGCGCCAGAGUAUCCCUGUUCGCAGGUAGUGCUGUGAAUAAUAUAGUUAACAACAAAAAUGAUGACCAAAGACACCAAAAACGGAUCAAAAUUGUAUUUUAAAAUACUCAAAACGCAGAAAAAUUGGGAAUCGACUCGCAUUACCUCAAUCCCAUUCCCAUUUUUGAGGACUUCAUUUCCCAUUCCCAGUGGCCAAAUCCCAGUCCCAGCAACCCAAAUCCCAUUUCCCAGUCUAAAAAUAGAUCAAUCCCAGUUCCCAUUUUACCCCUUCAGGACCCUCUAUUAAGGACACUCUCACCAAAGAUGAAGGUCCAGUAUUAAAGUUCUUUGAUGUAUCGAAGCCGGUCACCAUUAGCUGUGAUGCGUCACCUACAGGUUUGGGGGCAGUUUUCUUGCAGGAUGGCUACCCAGUGGCGUACGCGUCAAGGUCGUUGACAGAAACCGAAUCAAAUAGAAAAAGAACUUCUGACUGUGCAAUUCAGUCUUGAUCGAUUUCAUCAAUAUGUGUACGGAAAGGAAGUUAUUGUCGAGUCAGAUCAUAAACCUCUGGAGAUGAUAGCAAAGAAAUCACUGGCAUUAGCUCCUCCUCGUUUGCAGAGAUUACUCCUGAGAAUACAGAAGUACAACUAUACUAUCGUCUACAAAUCAGCUAAAGAAAUGGCAUUGCCAGAUAUGUUGUCAAAAGCUCCAUUACCGGAAACUGACGAGGAAAUGGAAAAAUAUAUUAAUUUGCACGUACAUCUCGUAAGUUCAACCCUACCAGCUUCAGAAUUCAAAUUACAAGAAAUUAAAGAAGCAACAAAAAGCGACAGAGAACUAAGAACAUUAUUGAAUAUCAUUCUGAACGGAUGGCCAGAUCAGAGAGAGCGCGUACCGUUGUCAGUCCUACCCUAUUGGAACAUUCGCGAUGAAUUGUCGGUGAUAGAUGGAAUCAUCUUGAAACUAGACCGUAUUGUCGUACCAAUGAGAAAGGAAAUGCUACAAAGAAUACAUCAUGGUCACAUGGGGAUCGAAGCGAAGAGCUCGGGAUGCUCUUUAUUGGCCUUUGAUGAGCAAGCAGAUAGCUGA